GGGGGCUCUGCUAAUUCCAUUGUGGCGAUAUUUUUAACUGGAGGCGGCGGCCGUGAGGAGGAACCAGCGGCGGGACGAGGCUGGGCCGGGUGGGGCCGAGUGGCGACGAAGGAUGCGCCCGGCUGUCGGCGGCCGCGACUGGCGGGCUAGCGGGUGCUAAAGUACGGAGCGCGAAAGAGACCGGGCCGGCCGGCCAGCCGGCGGGUGAGUGAGUCAAAAGCGAGCGAGCGGCGCAGCUGCGGGGUCCGGCAGCAGGAGCAGCCCCUAAGGGCCGCGCCUCCGCCUCUUUCUCUUCCCCGGCUUUGCGGCUCCCCUUACUGCCUCCGAGCGGAAUAUGAAACUCGGCAGCGGCUUCUUGGGCGGCGGCGGUUCUUCCAAGAGGACGGCGAUGGAGCCCACUUUCCCCCCCAGCAUGGUCAUGUUCAAUCAUCGCCUGCCGCCAGUCACCAGCUUCACUCGGCCGGCCGCGCCCCCCCAGCAUUGUGGGCUGACUUCGGUCUCUGCUACCGCCGCCUCUUCAUCGUCGUCUUCGUCUUCCUCCUCUGCCACCGCGACCACUGCCUCGGCCGCUGAGGCCCCCGCCCCUCCGCCGCCUCCUCCUCCUCCCCACCCUCAGGGCAUGACUUUCAAGAAAGAGCCGGCAGGAGGGUUUCCUCUCCCUGCCACCUCCUCAUCCUCCCAGAGGAGCUCAUGGGGUUUCUUCCAUUCCCUGGUGAACAUCAAGCAGGAGAAGCCCAGCGAUCAAGAGGAUGAGGAGCAGCAGCAGCAGCAGCACCAUCACCACCACCAUCACCAUUAUGGGGGUCUCUUUGGUAUAGCUGGGGAGGAGAGGCACCCCACUCUUGGUGGUGGAGGAGUGGAAGGGGCCAACCAGAGUGUGAUCCAGGACCUCAGUCUUUUUCACCACCUGCAUCAUCAUCCCCAUAGAGGAGAUUUGCUGUUGGGCAUCAGAAGCAGUGGUGAAGUAAGUGCUGCUGGCUCAGAUGAGCCUAAACAUGAUGCCCAGGCCAGGAAGGUGAAGAGGCCAAAGUCAGAAUCUCAGGGAAACAAAGCCAAGAAGAAGCCGAGCACUUCAGCCAAGGCCCUUGUAACAGGAGAUGGAGAAGCUGCCGUGCUGUCCCCUAGCCAGAAACCUCAUGUCUGUGAACACUGUAGUGCUGCCUUCAGGAGCUCCUAUCAUCUGCGCAGGCAUGUGCUCAUUCAUACUGGUGAGAGGCCUUUCCAGUGUAGUCAGUGCAACAUGGGUUUCAUUCAGAAGUAUUUGCUUCAGAGGCAUGAAAAGAUCCACAGCAGGGAGAAGCCAUUUGGGUGUGAUCAAUGCAGUAUGAAGUUCAUCCAGAAGUAUCACAUGGAAAGGCACAAGAGAACGCACAGCGGAGAAAAGCCAUACAAAUGUGAAACCUGUCAGCAGUAUUUUUCAAGAACUGAUAGACUUUUGAAGCACAGACGUACAUGUGGAGAAGCCAUAGGGAAAGCAGGUGCUGGAAUGGAUCCUGGGCCAUCAAAUCAUAGCAUGGGCAACUUGUCUAUGUUGUCUCAGGGAAAUACAGGUUCAUCAAAGAGAAAAAGCAAAGCAAAAUGUAUACCCACUGAAAACAAAGAACAUAAGCCUAGUCACAAAAUAUCUGAAUCUCAAAUUGCAUCUAAUAUGUCCUUGCAGAAUUAUGCGGUAGAGAUUCCUAUAGUGUCUUCCAGUGGUGGCUUGAUUGGCACUGGCUUAGAAGAGCUACAGAAAAAGGUGCCAAAACUAAUCUUUAAAAAAGGAAACCGGAAAAAUGCAGAUAAGAGCUUUCUUAAUUUUAUGUCACCGUUACCAGACCUCCUUGGUCAGAAGCAAUUUUCUGGAAAACCAAGUAGCUCUCUUGGCAUAGUUGCAAAUACCAGUGUAGAUGCUAUUGGCCUUCUCCAAGCGGCAAGUGGCAAGUCAGGUCAAAUAAAUAGCAAUUAUGAUGAUGCCAUGCAGUUUUCAAAGAAAAGAAGAUAUUUGCAAACCGCCAGCAGUAACAGUGCCUUUUCUAUAAAUGUUGGGCAUAUGGCCUCCCAACCGUCUGUUAUUCAGUCUGCAGGGGUAAGUGUUAUGGACAGUGAGACCCCAUUAUCUCUCAUUGACCCAACAUCUCUUAAUGCUGACAUCAAAUCUUGUCAUGACAAGUCUGGCAUUCCUGAUGAAGUCUUGCAAAGUCUUUUGGAGCAGUACUCUCACAAGUCAGAAGGCCAGAAAGAAGAUCCCUUCAGCAUCACGGAACAGCGUGUGGACUUACAAGCUUCAGGAGAACAUACAGAGAUGGUUCAAGAGGAGAACCUGAGUCCUAGUUCCCAGGCAGCUUCCAAUGACAAAGCAAGCAUGUUGCAAGAAUACUCAAAAUACCUCCAACAUGCUUUUGAAAGAACAACCAAUAGCACUGGUUUUGCUUUUGGUCCCAGUUUCCAAUUUGUAAGCUUGUCUUCAAGCCUUCAUAACCAUACUUUGUUUCAAGACAAACAAGUGUACACUACGUCCCCACUUGAGUGUGGUUUCAGCCAAUCUGUUACCUCAGUGUUGCCAUCUGCAUUGUCAAAGCCUCCUUUUGGGAUGUUGCUUGGAUCUCAGCCGGGUUUUUAUUUGUCUGCUUUGGAGGCAACCCAUCAACAGUUGACUCCUUCACAAGAACUAGAUGACCUGAUAGACUCUCAAAAAAGCAUAGACACUUCAUCAGGCUAUCAGUCUACACCCCAAAAAUUGAAUAGCCAGAAGGAACAAAAAACCCUAGAAUCUUCAACAAGCUUUCCAAUUCCAUCUCAGGAGCUAGCUAACCAGAUAGAUCCUCAGAAGGACCUAGAACAUCGAGCAACAUAUCAGAUAGAGACCUUUGCACAAGCAUUUGGUUCUCAGUUUAAGACGGGCAGCAGGGUGCCAAUGACUUUUAUUGCUAACUCUAAUGGAGAAGUGGACCAUAGAGUAAGGACUUCAGUAUCAGAUUUCUCAGGGUAUUCAAAUAUAAUGUCAGAUGUUAGUGAGCCAUGUAGUACAAGAGUAAAGACCCCAACUAGCCAGAGUUAUAGGUAGAGUCUCACGUAUGACUAGGCUUAGGGGUGGUCUUAAUGUAGUAGUUUUAUUUUGAUAACACUGCCAUUGGAAUGUUUCUACAUGAUCCUAAUACAAAUAAUGUAACACGCCCUUUCAAUGCAACUUUUCAUAUUUAGUUUUGUUAAUAUAAUUUUAGAUUGGUUUGUAUUAAGAUUUUUAAUCAGAUCAAUAGACAUUAUAGUUUGCAUUUUUUGUGUGUGUGUUUAUGUGACAGUGUUUAGCAAUCAAACUUACUUAACUUAGAUUGUCAGGGAAUAGCCCAAAAAUUGCAACUGCAAAAAAGAAAAAAAAUUAAAAACCAAGACAAAAAAAAUCACUUUUGUUUUAGGAUUAAGGUUUAUGUUAAUUGCUUUA